AUGGACUUAGAAAAAGGGGGACCUGACAGAACAGCAGCGCACCUUGAUGUCGUUCACCUCCACCUUGCACUGAAACCCUUCAGGGUGAAAAAGGUGCCCCCCCCCACCGGAAAAGAAGUGGGAAGCUGCUGACUUCUUGCUUGCCCAGUGGAGAAAAAGAAAUGGUUGGAUCUGACAUCCUUUGGUUCCGACAAGGGACCGCAGCUUCUUAGCCUUCCCCAUCUCUCGCUUGGAGUUCCUUCUGUCCAGUUUCGGAAUCUAGCCCAGGAAAUUUAGGAUCAAAGAUGCUCCGUUGAUUCCGUGGUUUGCCUAAAGUUAACCGCCAGGUAGCCCAGCGCUGCUUCCCAACAAACUGGCCCCAGCGCUCCCGACUCUUCUCUGGCAGGAGCGAAGCUUUUGCAGGAUUGCAAGGCGCAACUCUGCCCCCUCCCUCCCUCCCUCUCUCCUCCCUCCCUCCCUCUCUCCCUCCUUCUCUCUUUCUCCUUCCAUUCCCCCCUUCCUUGUGAGGAGGACCUGGGCCAGGGCUCCCUCUCGCUCGCGCUCUCUCGUCACCACUUUGACAGCUUCGCACCAAAUCGGACGGCAGGGCGCAGGAGGCGUCGCGCGGGGGCCACUCUCCGCUGGAUUAGAACUCGCCUCCUGCUCCUCGCCCGCCCCGUCGAGGGUUGCCGGCUGGAGAAGGCUCCCCGGAGUUGGAAGGGGAGGGCGGGGGGACGACCGGAUCCCGACCCCAACCUGCCAGAUGGUAAGCCGGGAAGGGGUCCUUUGGGGCAGGGUCUCUCUCUUGGUGUGGGUGGGUGUUUUCUGCGUGCCAACUCCCGGGGUGUGCUGGCUGGCGUGUGUGUCACUGUCCGGGGACUUUGGACGGGCUCGGAUUCCAGAAGCCCAAGGGAGAAGCAACUCGGCAGCUCCCCGCCCCCCGCCACUCGACGUGGGCGCCUUCGGCAGGACGCCCGGUGAGAAAGGCGCUAGUAAGGGACCGAGGGGGUCAUUCGUGGGAGCGCUUCCUGCGGGUGGCGGUGGGCUUUGCUUUGGCAGAGUCCGUCCCGUCUAAGCCCGCCCGCUGCCCGCCCAUCACCUCUAGGUAGGCGCGGUACAGGGCACUUUUUUGGGUAGGGGGCUGUGUGUGUUACUUGCAGUUGCAAAGAGGGCCCGUAGGGGAGGCAAGGGGUGCCCCCCCCAAUUUCCCAGUCCAAGGGCGCCCCUUGCCUACCAUCGUGAGGGGCACCAGGUGGAAGACGUGUUGUUUGGAGGGGUGAAGCUGGGGGGUGGGUGUGUGCCUGAGGGUUUGUUCCGGAUCCCGUCGAAGGGUCCUGGGCGCGCAGCCCGACAGAGGAGCCCCCGCCCCGCCGUCGAGGGGUUUUUUUCCGCUCCUCCCUCUCACCCCACCCCUCUUCCUCCCUCCCUCCCGGCAGAGCAGCGCCGCGCCCUGCCCAGAGCUGCCGCCGGCCUUCGCGGGGGGCCCCGUCUGCACCCGCCCCUGGGCCCACUCGGCGUCAGCGGCGGCAAAGGUUGCCCCGGAGACGUGGCUCGACGCCGUCUGGACCGCGGCGGGACUCCUGGACGACGACGAGGCACCGGGCAGCAGCAGCAGCAGCACCGCCGCCGGUAAGGAAGAGCCGUCCGACGGCCGGACAGGCGCGGCGCGGGCGCGCAGGCGAGAGGAGGCGGAGGAGCGCUUGGUCCGCCUCGCCUGCGCGCCUCGGCCCGCCCCCUCCAGCCUCCUCCUCCUCCGGCCGCUGCGCUCGCAGCUUCGCACUCUCCAUCGGGGAGCGCGCCAGGUAGGAAGGCGCUAGGGCUUCCCUGGCUCCCUGCGGCGGCGCUUGCAUGCAGCGGGGACCUGUCUGCGGUUCCCAAAUCAGUUAGUUGGAAGGGACCCACUUGGGCGUGGAGAAAGUGGAGGAGUAAAGCAUGUCUCUCUCUCGCGUAACACAAAAACCCAUGAAGCGGAGCGUGGGAAGAUCCAGGGCAGAUGAAAGAAAGUCCUUCCUCUUGCAGUACAUAGGUAACCUGUGGAACUCCUUGCCACAGGAGGCAGGGAUGGCCACCCACUUUGAUGACUUUAAAAGGGGAUAAGGCAAAUUCAUGGAGGAGGAGAGGGUUAUAGAUGGCUACUAGCCAAACUGGAGGGACACGGGUGGCGCUGUGGGUUAAACUACAGAGCCUAGGACUUGCUGAUCAGAAGGUCGGUGGUUCGGAUCCCCGUGACGGGGUGAGCUCCCGUUGCUUGGUCCCUGCUCCUGCCAACCUAGCAGUUCGAAAGCACGUCAAGUGCAAGUAGAUAAAUAGGUACUGCUGCGGCGGGAAGGUAAACGGCAUUUCCAUGCGCUGCUCUGGUUCGCCAGAAGCGGCUUAGUCCUGCUGGCCACAUGACCCGGAAGCUGUAUGCCGGCUCCCUCAGCCAGUAAAGCGAGAUGAGCGCCACAACCCCAGAGUUGGUCACGACUGGACUUAAGGGUCAGGGGUCCCUUUACCUUUACCUCUAGCCAAACUGGCUAUGCUCCGCCUUUAUAUCUUUCCAGAAAUGCCCCCUGAACUGGUACCAGCUAGAAUCUUCUUUCUUGGUCUCCUCUCCCCUUUAGAAAACCCACAUGGAAUUUCACUUCGAGCAUCAAAAAACUAGCGAUUUCUUCACAGCAUCAAUGCUGUGUGUCUUCAGUCUGACAGAGGAACAUAAGAAGAGACUGCUGGACCAGCCCAAAGGCCCAUCUAGUCCUGCGUCCUGUACUCGCAGUGGCUGAACGAGGCCCUUUAUGGGAAACCCACAAGCAGGAUUCGAACACAAGAGCAACUCUCCCCUCCUGGGGUUUCCAGCCACUGGCAUUCAGGAGCAUAGCUGCCUCUGACUGUGGCGGCAGAGUAGAGCCAUCCUGGCUAGGAGCCAGCCAUCUGUGAAUUUCUCUAAUUCUCUUUUCAAGCAAUCCAAGUUUGUUGCCAACAGUGCUUCCUGUGGCAGGGAGUUCCAUAAGUUAAUUAUGCAUUUUUAAACAUUUAUUUUGUUUUAUCCUAGUAAAUGAUUACACACACACACACACACACACACACAAGCAAAACCUCAAAGCAGUUCCAGAACCAUUCACUGCCUGGAAGUCCAAAACAGAAAAGCACUUCUGCAAUGCAGAGGCUCAAGGCUUGACUAGAACCAGAGGGCGCUUGCCUCCCUUUCACCCACCGCCAGCAAAGUUAGGACAAGGACUGCAAAAAUUGUGGUCUCUGUGCGAAGCCAAGCAGAGGCUGAUCCAUCAGGUCAGAUGGGGUGUUGCCCCACCAACCACAGCUGGUCCUCACAUGCUUGCUUCUAUUCUUACAACCAGAGGAUGGCUCUGGCGCCACCUACUGCUGGCCUCCGUCUCUUCUGCCCUAUCUGUCUCUCUCUCUCCCAUCUGGAGGUGCCUGUCUGGGGAUCCUCAGGUCUGGACUGUUUUCACACACGAAUUCCCCAUCCUGUAGAAUUUCAUCCUUAUAUUUUAUCUGCACAAUCAGAACAAAUUUCAGGAACCAAAACGUUGCAUUGAAAAAAAUGCGAUUUUCAAGCUGCCUGGCCCCAAAAUGGCAACUAGGCAUUCCAUUUUGGUGACUGUAACCCUGGUUUAAGGAGCCAUUUAGGGCCUAGCUUACAUAUCUGAGUUUCUGAAUUCCUGACCUAGCAGAAAUUAUUUAGCUGUGAUUCCUGCAUUGCCCAGGGUUGGACUAGAUGACCCCUGGUGUCCCUUCCAGCUGUACAAUUCUACAAUGGUUCUUCUUAUGUUCUUUGAUCUCCCUCCUCUGCCUUUUCUCUCUACACUGAUUUCCUCCCUGGUAUGUCUGGUCACUCCCUGGUAAGUCUGAGGCUGGCAACACUAUCAUGUCCCUAUUUUAUUUUAUUUUACCGUAUUUUUCGCUCUAUAAGACGCACUGGACCACAAGACGCACCUGGUUUUUGGAGGAGGAAAACAAGAAAAAAAAUAUUCUGAAUCUCAGAAACCAGAACAGCAAGAGGGAUCACUGUGCAGUUAAAGGAGCAAUCCCUCUUGCUGUUCUGGCUUCUGGGAUAGCUGCGAAGCCUGCAUUCGCUCCAUAAGACGCGCACACAUUUCCCCUUACUUUUUAGGAGGGAAAAAGUGAGUCUUAUAGAGCAAAAAAUACGGUAUUUUAUUUUAUACUAUACUAUACUAUACUAUACUAUACUAUACUAUACUAUACUAUACUAUACUGUGGUUACUUCCUGUCAGCAAAGCAUCACCAGUGAUGACUUUGCACACCUGGUUCUCGUGCACAGACCAGUUUUCUUGCAAGACAGCACCAUCUCCAAGCCCCUCUUUCAUCCUGGGCCCCUCUCCUUUUGCAAAUUGAGCCCUGGAGAGGACUCCUUGGACUCUAAACACUCCGCAAGAUCCACUUGCAUCUCUCCCCACACGCUUGCCUCCCAGGCCAAUUAACCCUUCUGCUCCUGGGAACAAAUGUCAUGGCGGCAGGAGUCCCGAGGUUUCUGAGCGGGGGCGAAGGGCUUGUGGGAACCAGCCCCUCAAGGGGCGCAAGAGAGGGGCUGCGUUGCCUUUGUGGUCUGAGUGGGCCUUGAAAGGUACUCCAGGCCUCUCCAGCUCCUCUUGGUCCUGGGAUGCCAAGAACAGCUCAGAAUGGGGAUGUUUGGCAAACUGCAGCAGAGAGCUUGGUGAUCAAGUAUUAUUUAGGGGACAGAAUUCAUUUUUAAUGGGGAAAGAGGGAGGGGCGGCUUUUCUCUUGGGAUGGUCUGUGCAGCCACCACACCGGACUGUAGCUCAGAAGACGCCGUUGCCAUAUGCGGCACCCCUGUUAAAGCAUCUUCGCUGGUUGCCCACUUACAGAAUCAAGGUACUUCUAUUAAUUGACAAAGCCCUGAGCAACUUUGGCCCAGGGUGCCUGAACCCUGAUCUCCCAGCUCCAUCACUGAGAUCACCUGCAAGAGCAUCACUGGAGGCAGCGAUGCUUCUGAGUGUCAGCUUCUGGAAAGCACAGGACGGGAGAGUUGUUCUUGCACUUGAAUCCUGCUUGCUGGUUUUCCACAGUCACCUGGUCAGCCACUGUGAGAACAGGAUGCUGGACUAAAUGGGAUCCAUUGGCCUGAUCCAGGAGGCUCUUCUCAGGUUCUUAGGAGUGCCAUUGGUCAUUCCGCAAGUUGGCGAGACUCGUUUGACAACAGCGAGAAACCAAGCGUCUGGUGCAGUUAUGGCCAAACUUGGCCCUCCAGCCGCUUUGGGACUACAUCAUACCUAGCUAACAGGACUAGUGGUCAGGGGAUGAUGGGAAUUGCAGUCCCCAAACAGCUGGAGGGCCAAGUUUGGCCGCCACUGGUCUAGUGUCAUCGGCCCAGCCCUGUGGAACUCCCUGCCACUGGAAAUUCAGCAGGCACCUUGUGUGCCAACUUUUAAAUGCCUACUGAAAAUUUUUCUGUUCCACCAGGCCUGUGCAGGGGUACGCCCUUCCACAAUGGUAAAUUGAUGUCUUUUUAAAAAAUUGAGACUUUUGUCUUGAUCCAUUAAGAUCCAGUCAAGCAUCUGCAGAUAUAGAAUAAUAGAAUUGGAAGGCACCCCAGGGGUCAUCUAGUCCAACCCCCUGCAAGGCAGUAAUCUCAGCUAAAGCAUCCACUUCUUCAGAUGAUACAGAGGAAAAAUAAGUGAAUGGGUGUGUGGGUUCCCCGCCCCCCUUUGAGGGGAACCCAACAUGCAUGAAGGUUUCAUUCAUCCUCACAUUCUUGUAACCCUCAAUUCCAGCUCUCUGAUUUCUUUGAUCUCUCUCUGUUGCUGCAGAUCAUUUCUGCAAUUUGGGCAUCUCCCUCCAAGACGAUGCAGGGUCUGGAGACCAGCUCUCCACGCAGCUCUACAGGAACAAACAGGUAACAAUUGUGAAUCUACACCAGUCUGAAUUAGGCUGGGAUUUUGAUGCCGAAAACCGGGGUUUAUUUAUUGCAGCUGAAUUCGGAGGAUGCGUGAGAAUAUCAGUUUAAGCAUUGCUGGCCAGUGUUACGGCGCAGAUCUUACAUGCUCCCCUGCCCCAAGGUAUAAAAUGCAGCUGGAAUGACUUUUGAAGGGGACCCUUUUAUUUCUCUUGCCUUGUUGAAAUCCCCUCUGAAAAUGGAGAAGGAGAUGAACUGGUAACCCCGCAUUGUGAUGGAGCUAAUCCUGUGUGUUUAAUCCCUGCGCAUUGUUCGCUGUUGACUUUCCCCUCCCUCCUGCACACAUUUUUGUGCCUUUGUGGUUACGUUUUUCAAAGGAAUCUCCUCAAAUACACGGCGAGAGAACAGAAAAAGUCAGAAGUGAGGCUGGGACAGUUGUACUCCUGAUCUCCUUGGCUCCCUCGGGUUCCCUGCUGGGUGUCGGGUUCCAAAGGCACCCGUGCAAAGUUAGCAGUUUGGGUUACAGGGCCGCGGAGCUUUCCGUCCUCACCCUUCUCUGUGUUUCGCAGCUUCAAGACACCCUCUUGCAGAAGGAGGAAGAGCUGGCCAGGCUGCAGGAGGAGAACAACCACCUCAGGCAGUUCCUGAACUCCGCUCUGGUCAAGCAGUUAGAGGAGAAAACCAAGGUAACCAGGGCAGGGAGAAACAGAGAGAGGGGGGAGAGAGAGAGAUCACAGCCUUCGUGACAUAGCCACGUGACCCAUUCAGAACAUAAGAACAUUCUUUGCUCUACAGUGGUAUCUUGGUUCUCGAAUGGCUUGACUCCCGAAUAAAUUGGCUUUUGAACGCUGCAAACCGGGAAGUGAGUGUUCCGGUUUGCAAAUGUUUUUCAGAAGCUGAACGUCCAAUGCAGCUUCCACAGCUUCCAAUUAUGUGCAGGAAACUCCUGCAGCAAAUCGGAAUCAGCGCCUUGGUUUUCGAACCCUUUUGGGAGUCGAAUGGACUCCCGGAACGGAUUGAAUUCGAGAACUAAGGUACCACUGUAUUUAUGUACUCCAGGCAUAACUUUAUAAACUUCUGUCCUGCUACUCUUAGUUGCCUUGCCUCAAAACUAAAAUGUCCCAAAUGCUGAUCUUUCCUCACUUUGUCCCCUUGAUCAUUUUGGAGGUGAGGGGAGCAGAAAUGAGGUUGCGCCAUAGAUUUGCAUAAUGGCAUGAUGAUAUUGGCAGUUUUAUUUCCAGUUCCUUUCCAAAUUCACCUGGAGACCCUCCAGACUUCCUUUUCAUUGCACAUCCAUGAUGAUUUGUGCUCAGGAUGCUUUUGGGGCGGUUAUACACAAUCCCAGUUUCAGAACUGUUUGCGCCUGCAGAAGUUCUGGGAUGUCCAUACUGCUUCAUUUCCAGUUGAUGGUUGCCCUGUAACGUCCUGCUGGAAUCCUGUAAAUGUUGCUGUUGGGAUCUGUCUGUCUUUUGCUGUGCUAUAGCGCUUCCAGACAGCAGGAAUCUCGUAGCAUUGGAGUAGCAUCACAGAGCACUCAGUAAAGCAGGAUAAAUCCACCCCAAUGCACUAUUUCCUGCAUCAAGAACAUGUUGCAGAAGACACGCACCAGGAAUCACCAGGACCUUAAAAUUUGAUGAAUCCUGUGCAUCUUCUACUCCGCAGCUAGUGUUGUGAUUCGUCCCACCCCUGUGACAACUCCUCAUAGCUAACAGGUGCAGGAGUGGAGUCACAGGGCUUAGGCAAACCUGGUGUAUUUGAAACAAUAAAAAAUAAAAUAAAAAUUCCUUCCAGUAGCACCUUAGAGACCAGCUAAGUUUGUUAUUGGUAUGAGCUUUCGUGUGCAUGCACACUUCUUCAGAUACAUGCACACGAAAGCUCAUACCAAUAACAAACUUAGUUGGUCUCCAAGGUGCUACUGGUGAGGCAGGUGGCGCUGUGGGUUAAACCACAGAGCCCAGGAUUUGCCGAUCAGAAGGUUGGUGGUUCGAAUCCCCACGACGGGGUGAGCUCCUGUUGCUUGGUCCCUGCUCCUGCCAACCUAGCAGUUUGAAAGCACAUCAAAGUGCAAGUAGAUAAAUAGGUACCACUCCAGCGGGAAGGUAAACAGCGUUUCCGUGCGCUGCUCUGGUUCGCCAGGAGCGGCUUAGUCAUGAUGGCCACAUGACCCAGAAGCUGUACGCCGCCGGCUCCCUCGGCCAGUAAAGCGAGAUGAGCGCCGCAACCCCAGAAUCGGUCACAACUGGACCUAAUGGUCAGGGGUCCCUUUACCUUUACCUUUAAGGUGCUACUGGAAGGAAUUUUAUUUUUAUUUUAUUUUUUGUUUCGACUACAGCAGACCAACACGGCUACCUACCUGUAACUGGUGUAUUUGGUUAGGCAGACUCCCCCUUCCAGCCUCUUACGCUUAUAAACUGCACAAUAUUCUCAGACUUGCUCAUCAGAUGUUCUCUGCCCCCCCCCUCUCUCUGCUGCCCUCUCAAACAGAAGCUGCUGCAGCAGAGUGGCCAGAAAUCUCACAGCCCUCUCCAGAGUGGCAAGCGGAGGCUGAGAGCAGAAGGCCUUCCCCUUCCUCGCGAGGCGUCCCACCCACAGAAGGCCAGGCGGAACCUGCUGGGCUCUUUCUCCGCCUGCGAAGAGCCACACGACCCCCACGUGGACAGCUGGGUCCUCCGGACGCUGGGCCUCAAAGACCUCGACACGAUUGACGAGUCGCCUGCUUCAGCUAACUACAGUGCCUUGACCCCGGAGCUUCCUCUGGGCUCUUUCACUGGGGAACCACCUGAGGCAACAAACUUUGGGUGCAAUGACAGCCAGACAGCUAUUUACAGGUGUGCUGCUUUGCUGUCCGCGGACAGGACGAGCGGCAUGAGAGAAGAGCCUUUGGGUCACGCACCCGACCCACCUUGCCAUUUCUUACUGCCUGAGAAUAACUACCCUCCGCUGCCUUGUGGGCUGCCCUGCUGCUCGGACGCCUCUCCCACCCCAACGGAGGUGGCUUUCACCACCUCCUUGAGUCCCCACUGCAACGUCAAAACGCACACCUUCCGCCAGGGACAGGCUUUCGUGCGCCGGGAUGAGGAUGGAGGGUGGAAGCUGACUUGGGUACCCAAGCAGCCUGAGUGAAGGAGCUCUUCCCUGUCCAUCCCCCAAACCCCAAACCCACCUCAGCACUGCCAGGAAAACAAUGUGUUUACAGAUUAAGAGUG